UUGGCAAAAGCUCUGCGCGGACAGUGCUCUGAAGUAUUUGUAGCGUGGUUUUCCAGUGUUAAAACAUUAAAAGCUAGGCUGGAAAAAGGACAACAGUUAAAUAGAAGAUACCAACACUAUUGGUAUCCAGCAAUACGGAGCUGCAAACUCCAUUUGGCAUAAUUCCCCACACACACGCACACGCUCAUACACACACACACACAGGCGCACACACAGCAAAAAGUCGAUUUUUCACCAACAUAAAGUUGUAUAUGUGCAAAACUUUCGAAUCGCAGGAUAAAUUCAAUGCAAACGCGAGUAAAUUUAAUGAAAAUUAAAAAGAAACUGCCAUCAAUUAAAAUAUAAUUAAUAUAAACUAAAAACUUUGCAAAAUGUGUGUGAUAUAGACGUGUAAGCAUUUUGUUUUUCAUACCAAAAUGCUGAGCUCAUCAUAGAGCAUAGAAAAGUUCUGCCAGCAGCAGAAGCAGCAGCACAAGCGAAAGGAGCCUUUGCCUCCCUCCCCUCCAUCAAACUGCCCCCGUGCCGAGCGUUGGCCUGUUGUUUGUGAUGUUAUGUUUAUGGUAAUGAGAAAGGUGAUAAUUUGUGUGACUAAACGCCUUAAAGGCUGUUGAGCAAUGCGUAGCGGCCGGAGGCAGACGACAACAGCCUUACCCUAAGCCAGAGCCAAAAAUUUCAAAUUGGAAUUGCGACCGCAGGCAACAGCCAAUUGCUAAGAGCUGAGAGCCAAAAGCGUUUUACGUCCGGGUUAAGAUAACGUUAAGCACAAGCUACGGCUGCACAACGACAACAACAACGACGCGGACGACGACCAGGACCAGGUCGACGACUAGAAAGCGCACAUGGCGAGCUGGAGCUGGAGCAUCUUGUGCGCAACGCUGUUGGUCGGCCUCACGUUACUCACGGUGACCCAUACGGUGCGCAUUACCAAUCUCCGUGUGCCGCACACUUACACACUCGAACGUGAUAAUGAGCCCGAUCCUUUGGUGUUGGACUGCGAGUACGAGAUGGGGCCAAGGGAGAAGGGCUUUGUGCUCAAGUGGCUGUUCAAUAAUCACUCCAUCUAUCAGUGGAUACCAUCCGUAAAGGGUUUUGCCAUGGGCUUCAUGAAGUCAAAGAUAGACACCAAAAUAUUCACCAUGGAGGGCAGUCCCGGUGUUAUAUCGAUAAAGAAUCCCGACUGGAACAUGACGGGGGAAUACACCUGUGCCGUGCAAACCUUUGAGUCCACGGAUAAGCGAAGUGCCCGCUUACAAAUAAUCGUUCCUGAGUCGGAUUUCAUGCUGGAGGCACGCAUGGGAGGCGAGCAGACAGAUGUGGACAUAAUGUGUGCAGUGCAGAAUGUUUUCCCACAGCCGGUGCUAUCCGUCAUUUUUGAUACACAUAUAUUGGACUCGGUGCUGACGCAAUUGGAUCAAAAUCCCAGUGGCCUGUACAGCAUGACAGUGCGAACGCGCAUUCCUAGAGAUCAACUUGAAUCACCCACACCGAUCACAUGUGCGUUUUUCCUGCUCGGCACUAACUAUACCAAACGCAGGGAGACUAUUUUCUAUGAUAAAGCCACAAAUAUACAACGCAAAUGGACAACAGUCGCCGUAGUUAUGUCGAUCGCAUCUUUAGCUUUAAGCAGUUAGUUUGGUAGUGUUUUUGUAGGCUAUGUACGUAUUUGUUUUUAUGUUCGUAUAGAAUGUUUAAAAGAAAAAUUUCAUUUUUAAAUAGAAUUUUAAAACGAUAAACGUAAUUUUUUGCGGUAUUUUUAAAAAAGCGCUUAUUUUGUAAAUGCAUGUAAAUGUAAGAGAAACGAAUGAUACACACGCAUACACACCUAUACACACGUACAUAUAUACACGCAUAAACAUA